UCCAUGGACCUUCCCUCAUCCCUGUCUGCAAAGAGAAUAUCAAAUAAAGUCAACGACUCAUCCGGCCUCUACACAGGCAGGGAGAGUUAUGAGCAACAACCGCGCAGCCACAACGCAACAAUCUUUUCCGAUGAAGGGAGGAGAUGGACCUCACAGCUACGUCAACAACUCCCACUUACAGAGAGAAGCUACAGAUGCGUGUAGGACUAUGAUUGAAGAGGCAAUCGCUCAGAAGCUUGAUGUAAAGUGCUUCUCUUCAAACCCGUUUCGUCUUGCGGAUUUGGGAUGUUCGGUUGGGCCAAAUACCUUCAUAUCGAUGCAACAUAUAGUGGAAGCUGUAGAAAGGAAGUACCUGGAGCAAGGCCUCAAAUCUCAAAUACCCGAAUUUCAAGUCUUCUUCAAUGAUCAUGUAGCUAAUGAUUUCAAUACCCUCUUUGCAUCCCUCCCAACUGAAAGGCGGUACUUUGCCUGUGGCGUCCCGGGUUCUUUCCAUGGACGGUUAUUCCCGGAGUCAUCUAUCCAUUUCAUGUUUUCCUCUCAUGCAAUCCACUGGCUCUCAAAGGUGCCCGAAGAGUUGUUGGACAAAAACUCCCCUGCAUGGAACAGGGGAAGAAUUCACUACACCAGUGCCCCAGAUGAAGUAAGCCAUGCUUAUGCAGCUCAAUUUGACCAUGACAUGGAGAUCUUUUUGAGUGCCAGAGCUAAGGAACUUGUGGUUGGAGGGAUCAUAGUGCUUACCAUGGCAGCUCUCCCAAAUGGGAUCCCUGCUUCUCGAAUCCCAUCUGGUGUUAUGUUCGAUCUUUUGGGAGCAAGCCUCAUGGAUAUGACCAAAGCGGGAUUAAUCAAUGAAGCUCAAGUGGACUCCUUCAAUUUGCCUGUCUAUGCACCCUCCCAGGAGCAGAUGACCGACCUGGUUAAAAGAAAUGGGUGUUUCACCAUUGAGAGAAUGGAGUUAGUGUACCGUGCAUCAAAGCUUGUUGCCCCGAUCACUGGAAAGGAAUGUGGAAUGCACCUUAGAGCAGGCAUGGAGGGAAUGAUUGCCAAACAUUUUGGAAGUGGGAUUAUUGAUGAACUGUUUGAUACGUUUUCCAAGAAAUCUGUGGAGUUUUCCCACCAGCUGGAAUCAAGCACAAGAGAAGGAGCUCAAUUAUUUGCUGCUCUGAGGCGUAAAUGAUGUUGUUUGAAGAUGAUCAUAAACUACUUUUCCUGCUAGUUUGAAGACGUUUAGUUUAGCAAUAGGAUAUGCUUUAUGGAUACUCCUAUUUAAAAAUAAGUGGACCCUAUUUUCCUUUCAUAAAUCAUAUGGAUCAUGACCCAAGGAUGUCCUUUCAUCUUGUUUGAAA